UCGUUCUGUGCCGACGACAGCAAGCGUUAGUGCAAGCUAAGUCUGGGGUCUACUAGAAAUGACUGGAUUAUUACAUAUUUGAACGGACGUCCUUGGACUCAUAAUAAUGUUAACUAAUUUCAAACAUACAUUUGAAGUUUGUAAAUAAUGUAGACAUUUAAUCUGUUCUCUUAAGUGUGUUCUUUAAGUGAUUUUUGUGAAACAAUUUGUAGCUCUACAGCUUCUACGUGGAAUAAACCCAACACUUUUUCAUCAUGUUACAUUUCAUGUAGCUAAAAUAAGUCAACUUUAAAUAGUAUUUUUAGCUUACCUUAAAAACAACACAGAACUGUCUCUAUUUGGGCACCUUCGUAUUUAGGUAAAGUAGACGAUACGAAGUAUUAUCUUUUAACACCUAUUUGUUUUCAACCAAACCCGAAGUAGCUUUUAAAAGUGAAAUGAAUCACAGUACAGCAAUAUAUUGUUGAAAAUUUAUUGUUUUCUAUGGGUAAAUAAGUGCCUUCACAAAAAUGUGACUGCAUUUAAUAAAAAAAUGGUAUAAAUAGGUGAGGACAAAUUACGCUUGUUUAUAUAGUUCCUUGUUGACCCUGUUGACCAAAGAAACUGCACAUGUAUCCCCAGGCAUCUACCCCUUAACAAAAUGCACAACUUAAUCGGUGCUAUAGCUAUAGCGCCACUGACAAUAUAUUAUUACAAGCAGGUGAUCUGAUGGGGCGAGAGAGUUCCGUCAGCUUACGCCUAGUCCCGACAAAUUGUUGGUGCCAAAGCUUUUGUUUCUAAACGCGCGCGAAAUAUUCGCAUAUUCGCAACUGAGUGGCUGAUCAACCAUAGUCUGCCGCUGUCUUCGUAUGGGCGCUGUGUAACUGAUUUGCUCUUUCCGGUAGUGAGUGUGUAUCGGUAGUCGUCUCAAGGCAGCUGAGAGGUCUGGCUGGAUGGAAGGGACGAUCAUAGGGACCGUUUCGUUAGUGAUCACAUACACACCAGUUCAGAUUGUGAGGAAGAUUACGGGAUAAUUACCAUGUGAUAUUUUCCCAAAACGAAAGAACAGUGCUAUUUCGAAAACGACUAUGUGCUCUUUCUAACUGGAACGAUGGACGGUCCGAUCAAUCGGCAAGUGCGGGUAGGGAAGAGGAUGAUCUAAAACAGGCGGUCGAAUACGUGAGUGUGUUUACCUCUGUGAUACUUCUGAUUCGCUAAGAGGUUCCUGUCUCUUUCAGCACGGAUCGAGCGCGUAUAGAUUGCCGCCAGCAGUUCAACAAAUAGAUCGCUUCACACGUCUGAAGUGAUCGCGGACGAGCCAGAAGACAUUAAAGGCUUUUGCUUUGAGCAAAAUUUAGGACUACGGGAAUGUUUAAUGCAUCGGUGCCGUGCAUAUACUCCGCCCCGGCCAAAAAGACCAUGGGCGUAUCGAUGUGUUGGUAUAGCGCAGUUCUUAUAUGUGUGAAUGGAAAGCGUAUUAAGUAAGAGCCGUCGUAGCUUGGGUCUAGAUAAGACCUGAACGGAGAGAGACAUCGAAGCGGUAGUUGACAUCGAGCAGCUGGUUUCUUGUAAGGUUGUAAUGAGCGACUCGAAAGGGAAAUUCAUUAGCAUCUACACGCGCUUGCGUACACGAAAACAUCUAUACAAUUUCCUUGUGCCCUAGACAGUCAGCAUGAGAAAAAAGAGCAACGAUUUGUAAAGGCCCCUGUGCGUUACGCCCCUCGCUGUCAUCGCAUUCCACUAAGUCAGGGAUGGCCUGACCUAUUUACACGAUGUAAUUAGUCUAAGCGUUGGCAACACGAUAACAGGAAACGUACUGGAAUAUGACCACUUAACGGUAACUCGAUUUACAGCAACGAAAUCUAUUCGAUUAGCGAAGUGAUCGAUUGAUGUAUACCAGACAACGAAGUUGGGUAUCACAAAUAAUAACAAAGCACCUGUAGCAUGAUGCUGAGUGUCCAUCGAAAACCGAUAUGGAUCUAAUUGAAGACGACAACUCAGAAUCGUCGGCUUCCAGCAUCGAUUUCCAGGACCUUACAGACUGGAUUGUAGAACAGGUCAUUGAUGCCAACACUAAUAAACACGUUAAGCUCAUUUAUCGUUACCGUAAAUAUAUUGCACAGGGAAGUUUUGGAAGCGUUUCUAGAAUACUGACUUUCCAACGUCAGCGACUGGCCCUUAAAGAAAUCAAUCACUCGAAGGCGAAAUUACUCGAAGUAAAAAUAAUGACUCAAUUAAAUCAUGAGAACCUUAUAAGCAUUGCGUAUCAUUGCAACAAAAAAAUGGGCGGGAACCGUUAUCGGACCUACAUCUUUAUGGAGUAUAUGCCUAAAACGGUUCACGCACUAAUUAAUGAAACAGCGGACACGAACGGGAAGCUUGAUGAGGUAACUUGCGCUAUCAUCGUUUACCAAAUACUUCGUGGCUUGGCAUAUAUGCACCGUCGAGAUAUUGCCCAUCGAGAUAUUAAGCCGCGUAACGUUCUCCUGCAUGCAGGCAAGAUGAAAGUGAAGCUUUGCGACUUCGGAGCAGCGCAGAAGAUAACUGAUGCAGCUGAAAGGAUAACCUACGUCUGUUCGCGAUGGUAUCGGGCUCCGGAGCUACUGCUGCGUAACAAAAAUUACGAUUGUAAGGUCGAUCUGUGGUCAGUAGGUUGCGUUCUUGGCGAGAUGCUUCUGCUUCGGCCACUUUUUGUCGGAAGUGACACUGUCGAUCAGCUAGCAGCUAUCCGGGACGUAAUUGGAGCACCGACCGAAGAGGAGCUCAUCGCCAUGCAACCAACAUGCCAGUAUAAUUUAUAUCCAAAACCAAAACGAAGGCAUGUUUGUUCUGCGUUUGAUGCUACCGUCGCCCAAUCCAUUCUUGAUUUACUUGAUUCAUUAUUGCAGUAUGAUUCAGCUAAACGCCCUUCGCCUUGGACAGCCCUGGCUGAACCUGUGUUUGACACACUCCGCACAAAAGAUAACGUCACUACGUACCCGCACCUAUUUAAUUUUACUCAGGAAGAGCUCGAAUACAAUCCCGACAUUAAUAAAAAACUUGUCAUUGUAAAGUAACUAUAAAUUGAAUACACAUUCCGCCAUAUUGGUUAGCUGUAGAGGUUAUAACAAUAAAAUAUUUUCUGUAUGUGCAGUGUUGAGUUACUUUUUUAUUAUUUUUAUUAUUUCGUAAGAAAUGAAUAAAACUAUUUUGAUUCAGUCAUGAACUAAAGUAUAAACUGUUCAGUCUAUACAAUGGCAUGACUAAAUGUUGUAUGUUAGGGACUAGCCACAGUAAGAUGUUAGAGAAACUCAGAUAUGUUUGUAGAAACAGUGUAAGCAGAUAUUUCUAUUUUUAUUUGUAUCAAUAAUUAUUAUUUGUAGUAACAUGAUGUAUCCAAACUUCGAAGGAAAAGUAUCGUACUCACAGGCGGGUACAGAACAGAAGAGUGUAUGAUUUUCUAAGAAAAUCUUGGGCAUGAUGCGUUGACAAAAAAUGGAUCUACAUAAAAAACUUCUCAAAGAUGAUUAUUCCCAAUAGCUUCCCUUACGCAAGGGGACGAAGAGACUACGUAGAUACGCAGCGAACUGCCUCACUUGAAACUUUAAUAGAAUGGAUGCGACGGGAUCUAUACUGACAGUAGCACAACUGCUAUUAUCGUUAACCACGAACACUUGUCAAUAGAAAACGAGUGGCGUUUUAUUCAUUCUAAUUAUUUUUACUUAAAUAAUGUAAGAUCGGAUUCAAAUUCACCACAGCUCAAAGUGCUACGCUCGCCUAUGCUUUUGCUUUAGGCACGUCUUUGUUAGUUCAACUGUGAAUCAGGGCGUGUAAUAUUUUAGUUUUAUAUAAUGCUACAUGGGAAAAUUAGCUUGAUUUACAUAUCCUUCUUUCUAGAUUCCUACCAAAAUUGAACUACAACAUAAUUAAGUUCCAUUGUAACGGGUUCCAGUGCGACCUUUUUUUUCAUAUUUUUGAAGUGCGUUUUAUUUUAUUCAAGAAUUAUCUAUGGAAACACUGUAGUAUAGCUUUUACUUUAAAAUCCGUAGAACGUUAUAUUGGUUAUAUGGCCUCAUAUUUCCUUAAUUCUUUCGUUUGCGUUUUAGCCUAUAACAACUACUAUAUAUGGGAAUAAUUGACGAUAUUAUCGAAGCAUAUAUUGAAAUACGCAGGCACGAAGGUCUUUUGUACUAAUGUGUCAAUUUUCUAGGAAUCGGACAGCUAUAACAUAAUGUUUUGCUUUAACCACAGUGAAUCACUGCUGCAAUUCUGUAUUAUAGUUUGUAUUUUUUUUUGUUUGGUAUUGAAACUAUAGUUAACUCUAUAAAAUUUAGUUGUCAAUAGGUGUUCCCUAUAUAUGCAACAUGCAUUGGAUAGCUUUAUGCUGUACUCAGAGAUCUAACGUAACUAGUAGCGCAUUCGUAAUGGCACAUCCAUAAAUAGAACAAAAAAAAAGCUUGCAAACUCCUCCUACCGACUCCCUUUAGAAACUACUCUCGCUGCUGCCAUUGCUGUUAGCUCCCAGCUAUUAACCCUGUAUAGACCAUGGCGCCUUUACUGCACGUUUAGUGUCGAGGCCUUCGAGUAAGCCUAAAAAAGCCUAGAUGAAAAACAAGUAAACUUGUGAAAUACCUCUCAGCACCUAGAAGUUAAAAUAAAAACACACCAAAUAUGUUUCUAAGUAGCUGCUGAGACGUAGUCAACAUAUAUCAACUGAAAAAGCAGAAGAAAAUUACUGUAAUGAACGAAAGAAAAGCAUUAUUAAGAGAAUAGAUUCAAAAAUUGGUUUUCUGAAUUUGCAACCCAAACAUGAUCGAAAGAUUACAAUUUCUAAUAGUUCGUCCGCCAAAAAAUGGGUGGUCUGUAGUUCAGGCGAAUGGAAACACUCUUUAACUAUCCUCAAGAAGACCUUUGGUCGCUACUGUAAAUCUUCAAUUAUUAAACUCAAAUGUUCCAGCAAACUUAAAGAUGCGUCAAGGAUCAUUUACGUAUAAUACCUUCGACGAUUUAAAAUGCAUCCUACGAUUUUAUCAAUGUACGCUGAAUUAAUGGUGUCGAGUUAA